AUGGCCGACUGCUACCAGAGAAUAGAAAAGUUUCAGGUGCUCCAGAUCGCUCUAGAGGAGCAGGGACUGGAGCUUACCCCCGAUGGGCGGUACGUACGCUGGGCCAGCAAUAAUUUGAACCAUCCAAGGAACUGGAACAAACUCCGAAAGGCAUACGACAUCGGCCUCAUCAUUUUUCUUGAAUUCUAUACAACGGCCAUAAAUGCGUCUGGAGCGACGGCAGCAAAAGAUGCGCUGCACGAAUUUGAUAUCGACUUGACUUUUGCCGUAUUUCUCUUUGUCUCGACGUACUGCCUGGCGCAAGCUAUCGGAAACGUCGUCUUUCCCCCAUAUUCCGAGGCUUUCGGACGGAAAAGACUAUAUGUCAUCAGCGCUGCAUUGUUUAGUGGCUUUAGCAUAAUGAUUGCGGCCGUACCUUCGAUGGGAGCAAUGGCUGCCGGGCGAGUCUUGACCGGUUUGGCUUCGGCCGUACCAACCGUUAUAGUCACAGGCAGUAUUGAGGACAUGUUCAACGCACGGGACCGGAUCUGGCUCGUCUUUGCGUAUAUGGUGGUCGCCAACUGCGCGGUAGCCUUGGGCCCUGUGAUGAGUGGGUAUAUCACCGCUCAGCUAGGAUGGAGAUGGGUGUUUUACAUCUCGGGUAUUGUUACGGGUUUUGCGGCGGUGUUGCUGCUGGGCAUUCGAGAGUCGCGGCCGUCGCUUCUUCUCACGUGGGAAGUCGACAAGCUGCGUCAGGUGACGGGCGACAUGAGUCUUCAGGAGCUGAACCCCGACACCACGCCCAAGAUUCGUGAUUUCGUGCGCGAGGGGCUCCUGCGGCCAGUCCGGCUCUUCUUCACUGAACCGAUUGUAUGUGCCUGCUCGCUAAUGAGCGGGUGGAGCGUUGCUCUCCUGUACCUCUUCACUGAAUCUCUGCCUACCAUCUACGAAUCCAUGGGCUUUGGACAGCAAGAAUCCAACUUGCCAUUUAUCGCUAUGGGGCUGGGUUUCAUACCCAGUAUCGUGGUUCGGUUGAUGGAUCAACGUGUCGCAGCGCAGCGGCACCGCGACGGGCUUCCCUUGCUUCCCGAGAACAAGCUGGUUGGAAUCACCCUCGGGGCGCCGUUCCUCGCCAUUGGUCUCUGGUGGUUUGCUUGGAUGGUCCCUCCCGCCGUACAGGAAAUUCACUGGUUUACGACGCUUAUCCCGCUUUUCUUCAUUGGCUUCGCAAUCUACGAGUUCGGGACGGUGCUCUCGGGGUAUCUUGCGGACAGCUACCACAGCUAUGCGGCCAGUGCGUUCGCUGCGAUGUCACUGGCACGCUCGUUCUUAUCGGCACUAUUCCCACUGAUUGCGCCGAAGAUGUUCAGUGCCUUGGGGUCAAAUGUAGCUUUGUCGAUUUUGGCUUCAGGGGCACUUGCCUUCUGCCCGGUGCCGUUCGUCUUCCGGUACUAUGGGCAGAGACUGCGCGAACGGAGCAAGUUUGCGCAGUACAGUCUGCAGACCUCCGAUGUCGAGAAGGUCGACUUGUCAGGCGGUCAUCACAAAGACCGGCUAGCGCAGUUCGAGGAUCCAGAUGAGGGAUUGAGCGACGAGGAGAGGGCGAAGAUUGAUCGCGCCCUUCUCUGGAAACUCGACUUGAGAUUGGUUCCCUGGUUGAGUCUACUCUAUCUUAUUUCCUUCUUGGAUCGGACCAAUAUCGGCAAUGCGAAGCUCGUGCAUCUAGAAAGGGAUCUGAAUAUGAGCGAUAGCCAAUACAAUGCGGCACUCACCAUUUUCUUCGUUUCAUACUCGGUUUUUGAGCCUCUGACCAACGUUCUUCUCAAGCGUUUGCGACCCAGCAUCUUCAUACCAAUCAUCAUGGUCCUAUGGGGCGUAUGCAUGAUGUGUAUGGGCUUUGUCCACAACUGGUCCGGUCUCAUGGCUGUUCGCUGGUUUCUUGGACUAACAGAGGCCGGUCUCUUCCCAGGAGUCGGGUAUUUUCUCUCCUGCUGGUAUAAACGUUCCGAAUUCGGUGUGCGCAUGGCCAUAUUCUUCUCCGCUGCCGCUCUGGCGGGUUCCUUCGGUGGUCUCCUCGCCGCCGCCAUUGCCCUGAUGGAUGGAAAAGGUGGGAAACAGGGCUGGGCAUGGAUUUUCAUCCUGGAAGGUCUUGUGACGAUCGUUAUCGGUGUCUUGUCCUUCUGGAUGGUUUACGAUUUUCCGGACGAGGCGACAUUUUUGUCGGACGAUGACCGGAAGCGUGUCCUGCGCAGGCUGGCGUCUGAUCAACAGGCAAGUGCGGAGCACGAGAACUUUAAGAUGGCGUAUUUCUGGAAUAGUCUCAAGGAUUGGAAGACCUAUACGGGGAUGAUUAUUUAUAUGGGUGCAGAUGGGUGUCUCUAUGCAUUCUCGCUGUUCGUGCCCACUAUUAUCAACGAAUUGGGGUAUGCGGACAUCCACGCGCAGCUCCUCAGCGUACCACCGUACGCUGCCGCAGCAAUCAUAACAGUAGCAAUUGGCUUCAUCGCCGACCGAACCCGCCAGCGCGGAAUCUGCAACAUGCUCGUUUCCCUCCUUGGAAUCACGGGCUUCGCGAUGCUCCUGGGCGCAAAGUCCGCUGGGGCGCGGUAUGCGGGGACAUUCCUCGGAGCAAUGGGGAUUUACCCAGCCAUUGCGAACACAAUCUCGUGGACUAGUAACAAUGUCGAAGGAGUCUACAAACGAGGCGUGACCCUUGGCUUCGUCAUCGGCUGGGGUAACCUAAACGGCAUUGUCUCUUCAAACAUCUACCGCGGUGAAGACAAGCCGGAUUUCUACCCAGGUCAUGGGACGGUCCUUGCGUACCUCGUGCUCUUCCAGUUUGGAGGGUCGCUGCUACAGUAUAUUCUCCUGCGAAGGGAGAAUACGAAGCGCCGUCGUGGAGACCGAGAUAGCUGGACGGAGGGACUAGACGAGAGCGAUGUUCAGCUUUUGGGUGAUAAGAAGCCGGACUUUAUAUAUACACUCUGA